AAAAGAGGCCAGGGCGGGCGGAGGGAGGCUGUGGAGAGAUCCCAGAGCUGAGCGCAAAGCGCAGCGACAGACUGCCCAGGCACCCACUGACGSGCGCAGCUGGAGCAAGCCAAGCCGGGAGGAGUGCUCUGAGGCGAGAGAGCCGAGCCGGGCGGCCUCCCCAGGCCGCCACUUCAACCGGCCGGCGCCGUCCCCGCGUCCCUGCUCCCGCGCCCCUCCGGCCAGCAUGAGGCUCCUGACCGCCGCGCUGCUCCUGCUGCUCCUGGCGCUCUGCGUUGCGCGCGUGGACGGGUCCAAAUGCAAAUGCUCCCGGAAAGGGCCCAAGAUCCGCUACAGCGACGUAAAGAAGCUGGAAAUGAAGCCAAAGUACCCGCACUGCGAGGAGAAGAUGGUUAUCAUCACCACCAAGAGUGUUUCCAGGUACCGAGGCCAGGAGCACUGCCUGCACCCCAAGCUGCAGAGCACCAAGCGCUUCAUCAAGUGGUACAAUGCCUGGAACGAGAAGCGCAGGGUCUACGAAGAAUAGGGUGACGGAUCUUGGGUAGAAACACUUCCAGACCAGUUGGGAGACUUCAGCAAAGGACUUUACAGAUUAAAAUWAAAAAAAAUUAAGAAAAAAAUYCUCUCUUUCUCACAGGCAUAAGACACAAAUUAUAUAUUGUUACGAAGCACUUUUUACCAAGGGUCAGUUUUUACAUUUUAUAGCUGUGUGCAAAAGGCUUCCAGAUGUGAGACCCAACUCUCCUGCACGCCAGAUUUUAACACAGGCGGC